UCGAGCAAAGAGAGCUGCUUUUUCACGAUACGGGACUAAAGUAGUGAACUUACAGGAACAUAUACCACUACCAACGUUUGGAUCGAUAUCUGCAUCGAUCUGCACACCCUUGUCUCCCGGAUUGUAGCUGAGAUCAGCGUGAACCACGUGGGUCUCUGCUCCCUGAUCUGUUUCCGGUUUGGAAAGACUUCCAGCUUCAUCACGGAGUUUCACUCGGCUUGUGGGCUCAUCUAAAGCUGAUUAACAGGAGGAGGAGAGUCUGGUGGUGCAGCAGAGCAACAAUUUCAGCCAUUUGGACUCAGCUCAGCCACUACAGAGGAAACAAUGACUUCAACACAAAAGGACCAACAUGGAGCGAGAAGUCAGCGCUCUCAGGAGGCCGACAAACCUCACAGAAGAAAGGGAGAGAAAACCUACAGCUGUGAUGAGUGUGGGAAGGAUUUUACCCGAGCUCAAAGCCUAAAAAAACACCAAGUCAUCCACAGUGGAGUUAAACCUUACAGCUGUGACUUAUGUGGAAAGUCUUUUAAAAGGGCUGGAAACUUAAAAACACACCAAGUCAUCCACAGUGGAGUUAAAGCGUACAGUUGUGAGUUGUGUGGAAAGUCUUUUACCCUGGCUCAAAACCUAAAAACACACCAACGCAUCCACAGUGGAGUUAAACCUUACAGCUGUGACUUGUGUGGAAAGUCUUUUAACCGGGCUGAACACUUAAAAACACACCAAGUCAUCCACAGUGGAGUUAAAGCGUACAGUUGUGAGUUGUGUGGAAAGUCUUUUACCCUGGCUAAAAGCCUAAAAACACACCAAGUUAUCCACAGUGGAGUUAAACCUUAUAGUUGUGACUUGUGUGGAAAGUCUUUUACCCAGGCUGGAGACUUAAAAACACACCAAAUCAUCCACAGUGGAGUUAAAGCGUACAGUUGUGACUUGUGUGGAAAGUCUUUUGCCCAGGCUCGAAGCCUAAAAACACACCAACGCAUGCACAGUGGAUUUAAACCUUACAGUUGUGACUUGUGUGGAAAGUCUUUUGCCCAGGCUCAAAUCCUUAAAACACACCAACUCAUCCACAGUGGAGUUAAAGAGUACAGAUGUAACUUGUGUGGAAAGUCUUUUACCCAGGCUCAAAGCCUAAAAACUCACCAACUCAUCCACAGUGGAGUUAAAGCUUACAGCUGUGGGUUGUGUGGACAGUCUUUUACCCAGGCUGGAAACUUAAAUACUCACCAACUCAUCCACAGUGGAGUUAAAGCUUACAGCUGUGGGUUGUGUGGAAAGUCUUUUACCCAGGCUGGAAACUUAAAUACUCACCAACUCAUCCACAGUGGAGUUAAACCUUACAGCUGUGGGUUGUGUGGAAAGUCUUUUACCCAGGCUGCACACUUAAAAAAACACCAACUCAUCCACAGUGGAGUUAAAGAGUACAGACGUAACUUGUGUGGAAAGUCUUUUAAAACUCCACAUCAGCUGAAAAAACACCAACAGAUCCACACCAGAAAGUAACUCUACAAGUGCAGUUACUGUGAGAAGUGGAGCAAAGCACAUGGAUCCAGUUCUCAACCCUGUCGUCACUGUGGUGGUGGGAAAGAGUUUCUCUGUGACCUUUGUAGAAAAACUUCCAAUCGUCAACAGGACCAAAAAAACACAUCAACGUAGACACACUGGAGACAAAAUGAACUACUGCAAAGAAUGUGGGAGAGGCUUCCACACACCAAGUACAUUAAAAAUACAUGAACUCUUCCACAGUGGGGUCAAAAAGCACAUCUGUGGCCAGUGUGGGUCAUCCUUCACCACUGCACAUGAGCUUAAAGAACAAGAAUAAGCAAAUCCACACAGUAGAGACACCAUACAAGUGCAGACACUGUGACAAAAGCUUCUCACAAUCAGGUCAUCGUAACAAACAUGAACGUACACACAUGGAAGUGAACUUCAGCUGUGACCAGUGUGACAAGAGCUUCAGGAAUCUCAGUUCAUACUCCGAACACAAACGAUCCCACGCUGUAAAUAAUCUAUUUCACUGUUACCAAUGUGCAAAAACAUUCACUUCAUUAUCUGCUCUGUGCAAACAUCAGCCUGAUCACGCAGGACUGAAAUCACUGGAUCACAAUGAUUCUGAAGAGAGAGAAAGAUCGUCUUCUGGUUUCAGGGUCAGACUUAAAAACCUUGAGAUCAGGCUCCACAGAGUUCAGAUGGAAUCUCCUGUAAAGAGUGUCAGCUGAUGUCACACUUGGGUCUGAUGAGGUAGCUCUGAUUUCUGGACCUGCAGUGAAUAAUCAUGAAUGUUACAUUUAGGAAGCUGCAGCAGUUGCUCUUAAAACUUCCAAAAUGAACUAAAUCUGUCCACCAGCUUUGAAAGAACACCUGCUGUGACUUUAUGUCCAGAAAAAAGAAACUCAAUCUAAACUGGUUUUGGGCUGUGCUUCCAUAUAAUACCAGUUUGUACCAAAAGAUGAAGCAGUGAGUCAGUAUAACCUUUAUUUAAUUAGGCAAAGAACACAUUCGUAUUCACAGUGACAGCAAAGAAAUGUUGAAAGGUAAAAACAGCAGCACACAUCAGGACCAUUUUACAGAUCACAGGUGACUUUUACUUAAUUCAAAUUCCUUCAAAUUUUGGCUUCUCCUUUCACUUUAGUGUAUUUACUGUAUCCUUGAAGUCCACGUGUUGUUUUUUUCAUUGAAUUCAUUUUGAUCCACAUGUUUGCAGCUGUUGAUUUAACGUUUGUAUUAUGAAAUCCUGAUAAUGUUAAAGUGUUAGUUAUAUUUGAUGAACUCUGUGUAAAGUUUGUCUUAUUAAACAGUUUGGUGUGAAAA